UUCCCAGCAUCCUUUCUGUUUCAAGAUGGCGGCAGUGACCUGCUUCCAGUAAAGCCGAUCAAGGAGAAAGUGUAAUCGGGCAGCACUGGAAGAGAACGGCUCCCCAGGAUCAGAAUCGGAGCCAUGGCUGCCGUAGUGGCCAAACGGGAAGGCCCUCAGUUCAUCAGCGAGGCGGCCGUCCGAGGGAAUGCCGCCAUUCUGGAUUAUUGCCGGACGUCGGUCUCCGCCCUCUUGGGAGUGACUGCCGGGAUUCUUGGCUUGACCAGCCUGCACGGAUUCAUCUUCUAUUUCCUAGCCUCCAUCCUCCUCUCUGUCCUGCUGGUGUUAAAAGCCAGGCGGUGGUGGAGCAAGUACUUUAAGUCCCGGCGGCCCCUUUUCACUGGAGGGCUGAUUGGGGAUCUCUUCACAUACAUCCUCUUCUGGACUUUCCUCUACGGCAUGGUGCACGUUUACUAGGGCCUGGGGAGUCUGAGUCGGAACAGUUCUAACGGAGCCGCAGGACUCUUGGCCAAACAAUUGUGUCGUCUCUGAGGCUGUGUA